ACAUUAUUGUUGUGAGUUUGUCUUUGCUGUAUGACACAUCUCUUUUCUCCUCAGAGGUCUGCUAUGAAUCACCUCCAACAUUUCUGGUAGCAAAUGUAUUUAAAAAUAGAAAAAUGUCUGCUAACAUUCAUAAGAGAUUAGUGGAUUUUUUUGUUCUUAAAUCGGUUCUGAACAAAAAUAAAAACCAGCCUGAGAAAAGAAUGUGCAUGAACAUGUCUGACGUCUGCCCACAAAGGUUUCCGCUGACUACAAAAGGUUGAGGGGGGAUCAGAGUCAGAGCUGGUUGAUUCUUCCUGUCCUCCAACCACCAAGAUGCAAGACUGCAGCGUUCUUAACCUGCUUCUGCUGCUCUCUGUUACUGAGAACCUUCCACUGGUUGGGGCUUCAGAGAGCGGCAUCGUAGGCGGCAGGGUUGCAAAGCCGCACUCCCGACCGUACAUGGCGUCCCUGCAGAUUCACGGACAGCAUGUCUGCGGCGGGAUCCUCAUCCGGGACGACUACGUUCUGACUGCAGCUCACUGCAAAAAAGAUAAUCAGCCAAUGACGGUGGUCCUGGGAGCGCACAACAUCUCCAAGAGAGAGAAGACUCAGCAGCGAUUCAAAAUAAAGACGUUUUUUCAACAUGAACAUUUUUCAGGAGGAUAUGAAAAUGACAUCAUGUUAAUGAAGCUGGAACCCAAAGCCAAACUCAACCAAUAUGUCAAAGGCAUGGAGCUGUCGAGCAGAGAUGAGAACGUUCCCCCCUACACGAGAUGUACGGUUGCUGGUUGGGGCCGAACUGGAGUAAAAAAACCGUCGUCUGCGGUUCUGAAGGAAACCACAGAGAUGAUUCAGAAAGAGUCCGAGUGCAAAAGGAUUUGGCAGCAGUAUUUUAAUUCCAAGCAAAUGAUCUGCACCAAGUUCAGCAAAAAGCAGGGAGGAAUCUGCCAGGUAAUGCAAGCACAUUUCACAUUUUUAUUCUGCUUUUCCGUCUAAUGUCAAAUAUGUUUAGGGGGAUUCUGGUGGAC